AUGGCCGAUUGGCAUACACCGACACAAGUAGAAAGAUCACUAGCGACCAUGUGGGCGAAACUUGAAAAGUCUAAUGUACCACUAAAAGACAUAUCAGAAGAAGAUUUAAUAAGUUACUUUGGUAAAAAGAAAGCAGUUGUACAAAAACUACAGUACGAAUUGAUUUUUAACUCUAAUAAGAAAUUUGAUCCGAAAUCAAAACAAGAUAGUUGGAGAAGUAAGAAAGAAAUACACGACAAUAUUUACGAAGAAGAAGACCAACGGACAAUCCCGGUAGUGACGUCCCAUUUUAUUGGUCAUCGACUUAAAAACCUGGAAGGACAGUCGUUAAACAACUAUAUAUGUAAGGAAGAAAAUAACAAAUAA